AUGGCCGAUCUUGUGGAUGUUCUGCUACAAGAGGUGGACAGCACCGGUUCUGUUGAUUCCCUGGAUCUCUCUCGACGCCGGGGAGUUAAUCAUCAAGUUAUUGUUGGGGCGAUAAAAAGUCUGCAGUCGUUGGGCAAUAUAAUCAAAGUUGAAGACAAGCAGAGCAAGAGAUGGCAGCUCACAGAGGAAGGUGUGCUUGUGUUGCAGAAAGGGAGCCACGAGGCAGUUUUAUUUGGAGCAAUCCCUAAGGAGGGUAUUGACCAAGCUAAAUUAAUGAAUUUGGUACCCAAUGCCAAAGUAGGGUUUAGCAAGGCUAUGUCUGCAGGAUGGAUCAAGGUCGACAAAGCGGCUAAAGAUGGACCAAAGGUUUUCAGACAGGUUGAUAGUAUUGAGGAUACAGUGAAAUUGUGCCUGGAGAGAAUAUCAAAUCUGAAAUUGAAUGAUGUCACUGAAGAGCAAAAGAAGGACUUCAAGAAGCGAAAGUUGAUUGCUGAAGUUAAAGAGGUCAGUUAUGUGGUCACAAAGGGAGAGAACUUCACAACUGUAAUCAGCAAACCAGUUGUCGACCUGACACCAGAAAUGAUCUCAAGUGGUAGCUGGAAGACUACCCAGUUCAAACCUUACAACUUCAAUGCUUUGGGAGUGCCAGCGGUUAGAGGGCACCUGCACCCUUUGUUGAAGGUCAGAGAGCAAUACAGACAGAUCUUUCUAGAAAUGGGUUUUUCAGAGAUGCCCACCAACAACUAUAUAGAGUCAAGCUUCUGGAACUUUGAUGCUCUGUUCCAGCCUCAGCAGCAUCCAGCCAGGGAUGCUCAUGACACAUUCUUUCUGUCAGAACCAGCUAACGCAAGUGCCUUCCCCAUGGAUUACUUAGACAAAGUGAAGGAGGUCCACAGCAAUGGUGGCUAUGGCUCACAAGGGUACAAAUACGAUUGGAAGUUGGAAGAGGCAGAGAAAAAUAUCUUGCGGACACACACAACAGCCGUUAGCGCUAGAAUGCUUUACAAGCUGGCACUAGAGGUACAAACGGCGCAUUUGCUACGUUUCAAGCCAGCAUAUAACCCGUACACUGAGCCAAGCAUGGAGAUUUUUAGCUAUCAUGAAGGUCUCAAGAAGUGGGUGGAGGUGGGCAAUUCUGGCAUGUUCCGUCCCGAAAUGUUGUUACCCAUGGGUUUGCCUAGUGAUGUGUCUGUGAUUGCUUGGGGACUUUCAUUAGAGAGGCCUACAAUGAUCAAGUAUGGUAUCGACAAUAUUCGUGAGCUUGUGGGACCAAAAGUCAACUUGAAAAUGGUUUAUGACAACCCUAUAUGUCGUUUGGAUAAGCGAUGA